AACUCGCGCGCACAGACGACAGACGCAUCCUGAUCGAGUUAACUAACCCAUCCACACCGCAGAACAGCGUUAACUAACCCCUCCAGUCACCGCUGAGCAGCUGGGAUAUCAACGGAUCGAUCAGAGCAGUAAACAACCGUCUCUUCGAGAACUCAACAGGUCACAAUGUGUAACAUGGAGCCUCUUUUACCUGGAUUCAGAAACACACUGAAGCGUCAGGCAGCGUUUGAGCUGUUCGAGGACCCCAUGUCUCUGUUCUCGGGGUGUUAUCCGGUCGAGGAGGAGCAGGCGGCUCAGGAGGUCCCGUCCGGUCUGGACUGUCUCUCUCAGGAUGCCGGGGUGUGCUCCGUUCCUCUGCUGACCCCCUGCAGUAAAGCCCUGGUCAGUCAGGCGCUGAAGGACAGCUUUAACGGCUUCUCCAAGGUCCAGCGUGUCUGUGGGAUCUCCAACAACCCGUGUAAGUGGACCAAGCAGCACGUCCUGCAGUGGCUGUACUGGGCGUCCGGAGAGUUCAGUCUGACCAACAUCAACUUCUUCAAGUUCGACCUGAGCGGACAGGAGCUGUGUGACCUGGGCAAGGACGGAUUCCUGGAUCUGGCUCCGGAUUUCGUGGGUGAUAUCCUGUGGGAGCAUCUGGAGCAGAUGAUGAGAGCGUGUCAGGAACAUGAAGAGGCCAGAGUCUUGAGUCGCGAGGGCAGCUGGUCGAGCGGUGUGUGUCUGGAGGAGGCUUCUCUGAAGGUCCCGGAGUCUCGUGGCAGUCUCCUGCGGGAUCUCUUCCAGACGGCGGAGGACUCCGGUCUGCUGUCGUGUGGUCAGGAGCUCUCUCUGUACUCCAGACCUCAGCUCAGCACGGUCAGCGUCAGCUACAUGAAAGCGUGUCCAGGUCUCAGCGCAGUCUCGUCCUGCGAGCAGACGUCGGUGGAGAGCGUGGAGAGUGUGGAUGGCUCUGAGAGUGUCCUGCGCUCCUGGGGCAGUCACUCAUCGCUCGCUGAUGCCCAGCGCGUCCCGUCCUACGACAGCUUCGAGGAGGAGCUGGUCUCGGCUCCGCUGGGCCUCAGCAAACACGGCCUGUCCUUCAAAGACUACGUCCAGGAGAGGAACGAGCCUCUGGAGCAGGGCAGACCCGUGAUCCCCGCCGCCGUGCUCGCUGGAUUCACCGGAAGUGGCCCCAUCCAGCUGUGGCAGUUCCUGCUGGAGCUGCUGACGGACAGCAGCUGUCAGAGCAUCAUCAGCUGGACCGGAGACGGCUGGGAGUUCAAGCUCACCGACCCCGACGAGGUGGCCCGCCGCUGGGGGAAGAGGAAGAACAAGCCCAAGAUGAACUACGAGAAGCUGAGCCGAGGCCUGCGCUACUACUACGACAAGAACAUCAUCCACAAGACGUCAGGGAAGCGCUACGUGUACCGCUUCGUCUGCGACCUGCAGAACCUGCUGGGAUACACGGUGGAGGAGCUGCACGGCAUUCUGGGAGUUCAGCCGGACACCGAGGACUGAAGCGGCGGCGGGAACCCUGCGUCACGUCCAGACCUCAGCGGGGGUCUCUGUUUACGGGAGCGACCGAGCGCGAUUCUCCUUGCGGUUCUUCGGUCAGCCGAGAGUUAAAGACACUUUUAAACACUUGACACUGGGUUUGAUCUUUCCACGCUGUGUUCGCUCCACCAGGUGAUUCCUGUAACAAAGAUUAACCAACAGACGAAAGCCUGAAACACAGAGAGCGUUGGUUUUCCAGGAUUGCCUUACGAACGCCUCUCUUCAGAGAGAACCAGCGCUGAUCUUUCCAUUCGUUCACACCUGGAUCUUCACACCUGGUGGCCUUUCUAACGGAGAGACUCAAUCACUCUGAACUUUGAUUUAGCUUUGAUUUGAUGUCGAAUGUUGGUGCAGGAUUUGCGAGCGCUUCUGUUUUUCCUGAUAUUCCUGUGUAUUUUGUGAGUGUUUCAGUUCAUGUAUUUAUUGGAGUCUAGCUGGACUGCUUGUUGCUGGUUUUCGCUCCGGCCAAAGGGACGUGGAGAUUUCACGUCUGAAUGUUUACGUUUACCAAAGCUACGAGGCGUUAGCCUGACGCAGAACUGAAAGCUGCUUUCGUUUCGUACACUGGAGAUCUUUCAGGAUCAGAAGCACAGUUUGACUGUAAAUGUAUGCUGUUUAUUUACUCUGCGUUACUGUAGAGACGCCGGACUAUUCUUCUUCUUACUAUUAUUGUUAUUAUUAAGAGAAUUUAUACGGAAACCAUGUGAUUGUAAAUGUGUUUGUAUGUAUUUGGUUGUUUUUCUAUAUCCAGUUGCUCUUUAGAGCAUGUUUAUUUUGCAGAUGAUUCUGAAAAGAGUUUUAUGAUGAUGAGAUUUAUUGAUCUGUUCGAGUGUUUUUAAGAGAGUCACUGCAGCAUCUCUUUAUUAAAGACGUCUGAACGUCCUCGGAUCCGUGACUUUACACCGGUGGAAACAUGUUCAGCAGGAUCUGUGUGUUUGACUCACGAGGAUCUGUUCAGACGUGCAUCUUUAUGUCAUGCCAAGUAUCUGUCAAAGUCAACAAAUAAAUUCUUGUUAAAUGA